AUGACAACAAGCUCACAUUGGCUGUUGUGCAAACCCUGCAGUUCUUACUGCGGUUUGGCUUCAUCCGCUCUUUCGAGAUUUGCUCACAGCUGCAACCGGCGCUGCUUCGGCUCCUGGAUGGUAGAACCGACUUUCUCGAUCCACCGGAGGCAAACCGGGCAGUGCUUCGUUUGUGGUAAACUUCUGCUGUGGGCAUAA